GUGUAAACGAAGUUGGUAGAGCUGUGCGUCUUGGUAUUUUAAACGAAAAGAAUUUGCGGAAAAUGCUUGACAACAAUGCGAAACUCGCGGAUAGUGUGUCAACGAAAUCCAAAGUAUAUCGCCUUAAUUGAUUAAAUGCUUCCUUAUAUUCUUAAACGGAGACAGUAAAUUUAUAAAUACUUAAGUUGCAAGUUGUAUGAUGUAGUUAGCACGUUUUCUGGCAUCUUUCCGUCAGAACGUCGAGAAUAAACAUUGUUUUUUUUUAAUUGUUUCUCAAGGUUUAAGUAAUAGCAUGAGGAAUAUCUAAUAUCUUUUAAAGAAAAGUAUUUCCUGACCUUUAUUGGUACUACUCUAUUAAGAUAGCAUUCAAAACAUCCAAUUAAAAUCAUUAAUAAAUUCAAAAGAAGUUGUAACAUGAUAGAUACUGAUCCGAAUUCGAAAAAAAUCCAAACCAUCAGCGAGAAAAUACCUAUUGAGAAUGGUAGCUCAAAACACGACAUAGAGCUUGUAGUUUAUCCUGAUUUGGCUACAAAAUCCGACGAGAAACCUGAAUCAAAACCAGCCGAUUUUGAAACAGCAAUUGAAAAAACCGAAUAUGGAAAAUUUCAUUACCUCUUAUUGGCCGUGUGUGGCUUUGUCAGCACCGCUGAAGAAAUGGAUGUCAUAUCGAUGUCUUUUAUACUUCCGAGUGCACAGUGUGACUUGAAACUAACAACUCAAGCCAAAGGUUGGCUAAAUUGUAUCAUUUUUAUUGGAAUGAUGGCGGGAGCUUAUGUUUGGGGAUCAGCUGCUGAUGCUUUGGGAAGAAAGAAAGUUUUAAUUGUCAUCUCGUUUAUGAAUGCUCUCUGUAUCGUUGCGUCAAGUUUCAGUCAAACUUUUAUUUGGUUUAUGUUCUUCAGGUUUAUGAACGGAGCGGCAUUGGGUGGUAGUGGACCAGUAAUAUGGGCUUACUUCGCCGAAUUUCAACCAAAAAAGAAACGCGGAUCAAUGUUAUCUUUUAUGGCCGCGUUUUGGACUUUGGGGAAUCUUUUCGUUGCCGGAUUAGCUUGGGUUAUUAUUCCGACAAACAUUGGAGUUUACUCGCAUAAUUUCAUUUAUAAUUCAUGGAGGAUAUUUCUUUUAAUGUGCUCCGUACCUUCAUUUAUCGUUGGGUCUCUUCUUUUUUUUCUUCCGGAGAGUCCCAAAUACGUUUUAUCAAAAGGAAAGAAAGAGAAAGCUUUAGAGAUCUUUCGAUCGAUAUAUUAUUUAAAUACAGGAAAAAGUAAAGAUAGUUAUCCAGUAAAAGACAUGUUGAUGGAUGCCGAUUAUGAUCCAACGCCGAAAGGAAAGUUACCAUUAAAUGAUAAGUUGAAGAAAACUAUGAGUACAGUGGUCGAGCAUAGUCGACAAUUAUUCGUGAUGCCCAUUGCCAAAUUUACAAUUAUUUCAAUUACUAUUAAUUUUACAUUUCACAUUGGCUAUUACGGGUUGAUGAUGUGGUUUCCAGAACUUUUUAAUAGAUUUGAUGAGUUCUCGAAAGAUCAUCCGGGCGUUCAAGCUUCUGUGUGCGAAGUUACCGAUUACGUGGUCAGAAAUGGCAGUCAAUCUUCAAUGGAUUACGAAAAAUGCAAUGAUAAAAUCGAUGACACCGUCUUUUUGGAUUCGUUAAUUACCGUUGCUUCUGCCAUUCCGGCCAAUGUUGUUGCUGUGUUAUUUAUUGAUAAGUUAGGAAGAAAAUUCUUUUUAGUGUUUAGUACCUUCUCAUCCGGUUUAUGCGCCGCUUGUAUGUAUUUUGUGUCAAACAAAACCCAGAAUCUCGUUGUUUCUGCAGUUUUUAGUGGGGUAAUUUCAUGUGGGAAUGCAGCCUUGGAUUGUUUGAUAACUGAAAUAUUUCCUACGAAUCUCAGAGCGACUGGUGUUGCAAUAUCGAUGGUAGCGGCAAGAUUUGGUGGAAUAGUUGGGAAUAUUGUGAUAGCGAUGUUGCUUGAUAUGUAUUGUCCAGCUCCAAAUUUCAUCGUAGCCGUAUUGUUAAUCGGUGGAGGAUUAUUGUGCCUAAUGUUGCCAAAUACAACCAGAAGACCGUUGUCAUAAAACAAACCCCAAUCUACCUUAGUUCCUUUACCUCAUAAGUUUAAAUUUGUAACUAUUUUAAUUUUAUACUUUACACAAAAACUAAAAUCAAAAGAAGAAAUCGUUAUAAUCUUUAUUGUACUAGUUGAUUCUUUUAAAAACGUUAUACUUUG